AUGGCGACCCAAGGCCAGGCGCCUAAGAGAGACGACUUGGAUCGUCAAUGUUCUACGCCUGGCGACAGUGUCGUUACAGAUCCGCUGCUUUAUAGCAUCUCCCCCGUCCAGCUGUGGAUCAAUCGAUUGGUAUCCCGAGUAUGCAAGGCAAAAACUCUGGAGGAUGGCUGGCUUCCCGUCUUCUCUUGUGCUUCGGCUCAUUUACGCGCUGUAGCCGCGCCGCUGUAUGCGAAGCAUACAGCAUCGGCACUGAGCUUCUUGAUGCAAAAGGAAACAGGAGGCAUGCUCUUCUGCGGAGCCAUUUUGGAGGCGUUAUCUGCGGCGGCUACUAUAGGCUCGCCUCUACUGCUUCAUAAGCUCCUAGAGAAGCCUCAUGAUGCGCCGAUCGCCUGGGGUCUAGUAGUUGUGACAUUAGCUGCCACAGUAUUUGGUCGCGCAAAAGAUCAAUUGUGCAGAGUUCAUUAUGCAUGGAUGGAACUGAUGCUGCGUGCCGCCAUUUUCGAGAAGAGCAUCAAGUUAUGCCCUGAAGCCCGCGUUGAGUAUCCCCCUGAACGCAUCAUUAACAUGAGCUCUGUCGAUGCGGACAACCUGGCAAGCUAUAUGCUAAAGGUUCAUGACUUAUGGAGUGCACCAUUGCAAAUUGUUGGCAUUGGGGCACUCACCGUUACCAUCAUGGGGCCAACCGCACUCUUUGGAUUUGCACUUGUGCUGGUUGUAUUUAUAUCUCAGUCUUGGGCCAACAAAGGCAUGCGAAAUGCUCAGAGGGCUUAUAUCAUGACCAAUGACGGGCGUCUGGGUGCUUUGCGAGAACUUCUUUACGGCAUCGGCAGUGUCAAGGCUCUUGGCUAUGAAAUGGUAUUUAGGCAACGAAUUAGCCAGUUUCGGGCCAAUCAGGCUGGAGCGCUGCGGAACUAUCUCAUUCUUUGCUUCGGGUACUUCACAGCUGUUAACCAAGCUGUGAGUGGCUUUGCUGCUGGCGUGGCAUUUCUGGCCUACUACCUCAUGGGCCAUCAACUAACGGCAGCAGUCGUAUUCCCUGCAUUGACGUAUUUCGGAAUGCUGUAUCAACCCGUGUCUAACGCCUCUUUAGCCAUUACGAGACAGUUCGCCACUUGGCCAAGCUUUAGCAGGGUACAUGCAUUCUUGAAGGCAGACGAAUUGGAGUUGACUGAGGAUACAAAUAGUCAACAGGGGGCGUUGAUUAGCUUCAGAGAGGCCUCCUUCUCGCAUCCAGUUUCUGAUCCCAACUCCUCAUCAGGCAGCGCUGGUCUCGAAGUGGGAAACCUCGAUAUCCCUUCUCGCAAACUCACUAUCGUUGUAGGUCCCACCGGAUCUGGAAAGUCAACCUUUCUGCGGUCUAUUCUUGGAGAUAUGACGAAGACGUCGGGAUCAUGUAACGUUCAUGGAUCUGUGUCCUACUCUGCCCAAGACGCCUGGGUUUUCUCUGGCACUUUGCAGGAAAAUAUCGUGUUUGCGGCCCCCUUUGACGCGGCUCGCUAUCAUACCAUUAUGAGCGCAUGUGAUUUGUAUCAAGAUUUCCCAAGGGACAGUACAUCUAUUGGCGAGUCGGGAAACAACCUCAGUGGCGGUCAACGUGCGCGGAUCGCAUUAGCAAGAGCCCUCUAUUCGGAAUCCGACAUAUUGCUCCUUGAUGAUCCAUUUGCCGCUGUCGAUGCUAAAACACGAGCAUUGCUAUUCGAUACUAUCCGAGCCCUAGAGAAAACCGUCGUCCUGGUAACUUUACAUCAAUCCUUUAUUCCUAGAUGCGACAAUGUUGUCGUUAUUGAAAGUAACAAGAUUACUUGGGCUGGCACCAGCAGUGCAUUUACAGCUACAGCCGAACUUUGGGAGAAAUAUCUUCGAGCCGCUGAUACAUCCGAUAGCGAGUCCGAGUCUAUUGACCAAAGCGAGGACAACCGUGAUGCUGACGAUAAACUGCCGUCUGAAAUAGUAUUGGCCAGCGUGGGCGAGUUGUCUUCUACAGAGGAGGACGUCUUUGAAGAAGAAGAUCGAGCCAAGGGUACAGUAAGUCUUGCUGCACUGAAAUUCUAUGCUGCCUGUGCUGGCGGCCUUCUCGACGUUGCAGCAAUUGGCGUAUUGGCCGGUCUCUUGACGGGCGCUAAGACAAUGUCUUCAUAUUGGUUCGUCUGGUGGAUUGAUGACGCAUUUCAUCUACAAGGAAGUCAAUAUCUUGGUGCCUUUAUAGGCUUGACUGUCUCUCCAGGUUUAAUCGCGGCCCUUCUUGGUGUUGUAUUGGUCUUUUCGAGCCUCCGUGCGAGCAGCACCAUUCACAGUACUAUUGUAGACAACGUCCUUAGCGCUCCGAUUGCCUAUUUUUCCCGUCAACCCGUCGGUCGAAUCUUGAAUAGGUUCACACAUGACGUUAUGUCGAUGGAUGUGUUCAUUAUGAACUCUGUUGACGGUAUCAUAGCUGCUGGGAGUGCACUGAUCGCGGCUAUUGCGCUUGUGGCAGCCGCUGCUCCCGUCACUUUGGCUGCCGCCAUUCCGUCUGUGUUGAUUGCAGGCUGGUAUCAGCUACGAUUUGCCGUUGCUGCCAGGGAGGUGCAACGGUCGGCUUCUAUCUUACAUUCGCCAGUACUUAGUAUCGUCAGUGAAGCACUUCGAGGUAUGAGCUCCAUUCGGGCUUUCAGAGCAGGCGACUUCAUGAGCAACAAACACGAUCGAGCGCUUGAUACUUACAUGUCGGCCGUGAUCUGUCGGAAAUCUCUUGACACCUGGGUAACUUUUCGUGCCGAACUAUCAACGGUACUGCUUCUCUUCGUUACAGCCAUGCUUGUCGUUUACACCGACCAAGACAGUAGCGUGGGCCUCUCUGGCACGCAGGCAGGCUUGGCUCUCAGUAAUGCUACAUCCAUUUCUCGCAGCAUUUACCUCUUCACCUGGGCCAUUACUGAGUUGCAGAUUGAAAUGAACUCCAUCGAACGGUUGAAGACGUAUUAUGAAGGUAUCCCGCGCGAGUCGAAUCACUCAAAUGAUGUAGCACCCAAGCCCCCAGUCGACUUCGACUCAAUAGAGUAUAAAAACGUCUCGGUUGUUUAUAGAGGACGACAAAACCCUGCUCUAGAUAGUGUCAACCUGGUGAUAUCCCGGGGCGAAAGGGUGGGCAUCAUCGGCCGAACAGGUAGUGGAAAGUCGACGCUGAUAUCUACAUUGGCACGACUUGCGGAUGUAACCAGCGGCAGCAUCAUGCUAGGUGGCGCCGAUAUCUCAGAAUUGGACCCCCAAAAGCUGAGAACGGAACUCGUGUGCACGCUGUCACAGCAGCCUCUAUUAUUUAAGGGCACCAUUCGCGAGAACUUGGACCCUACUGGCCGUCAUAGUGACGAUAAAAUUUUGGAGACACUGAAGAUAUGCCAGUUAAGUCCGUCACUAGUCGGCUCAACGGAGGAUUUAUCAAGGGAGCUCACCUCUGAGGCAUUGGAAAUUUCGGCUGGACAGCGCCAACUACUUUGCGCAGCUCGUGUGCUAUUAAUGGAGCCUCGCAUUUUGCUGAUAUGCAAAACUGACAUAACAUUGGCUGGAUUAGCUUCGGCAAACGUUGAUUUCCCUGCUGAAACAGCGCUCCAGGACGCGUUCCAAGCUUUGCCUGUCGAGACAACUGUGGUGUCUGUUGCUCAUCGUGCUGCUACCCUCGCAUGGAUGGACCGCAUCAUCACAGUGGAUGCCGGGCGGAUUGUUGAAAAUGGUACACCAGAGAACCUGCUACGCCAGCAAGAUAGCUGCUUUUAUCAAGCUGUUGCUCGAGAGGGAGAGGGAGCGAUACGGUCUGCGUUGGCUGUGGCGCGGAAGCAAAAUGGACCUUGA